AAACCGGCCACCGUAGAAGAAGAUGAGCAGCUGAUUUGAAACCCUGUGAUACCACACUGUUCAGUUUCGGGAUUCUUUUGACUGACCUGGUACUCUCGGAUCUGGAAAUAAGCUGCAGGAAAAAUGUCUGAAAGAAAAAGGAAGCACAAGAAGUCAUCCAGAGAGGAGGAGACAUCCAAAGAACACUGUAGGAGUGACAGAUCCAAAAGGAAACACAAGAGAAACAGGCACUCCAGCCGUUCUACAGAAGAAAAAGAACAUGCUGUUACCGAAACCCCGCAAAUCAAAACGGCUGUCCACAAGCUGUCUGCAAGAAUUAAAACAGAUAAGAGACACAUCUCUAAGACAGGUGUGGCCGAAUCAAAGACAAAAAGUUCCUCUGCAACAAUCCACAGCAAUUGUUCCCAUAAAAAAGAGCCUAAUAUUUCAAAGAAAGAUAAUGAUGCAGUCAGGAGUGAAAUAAAAGAAAGUAGACCCUCAAGAUUCCAGAGAAUUAGUGAUUUAGACAAAGAUGAUCGGAGAAAAGAAAAAAGGAACUCAAAGCGCAGUUCAGAGGAAAAAUCUUGCCACACGAGCCUGCCUACAUUGAAAAAAAAGCAUAGCAGUCCCACUUUUGUUUCGCAGGAGAAAAAGAGACAAUGCCUGGAAUUGCUGAAGAGUAAAUGUCAAGAUAUGAACAUGUCUAACACUAGAAAUGACAGCAACGCAAAAGAGGCCAAGAAACCAAGCCUGGACUUUAAAAGAAACAAGAAAACAAAACUGGUCAAAGAGGAAUUGCUGCUUAAGGAAAAUGAGAGCUUAGAUAAAAAUGUAAAAACAUCGCUUGACUUGACCAGUCAACUGUCUUCUAUUCCAGCCAACACUAAAGUGUCCUUUAAAAUUGCUAAGCCAUCUCAUGAUCGGCCAACAGUAACAAAAGUACAUUCCACUUUUAAGAUACCAAAAAAGGUUCAACAAGUGCCCGUGGAUACCAACACAGGUGAGAGGUCUGACGCUACGUCUACAAGCAUAACUGACACAUGUCAGACCGAGCACUCUUUCUCAGAGACAUCAGCAAGCAACCUGAAACCUCACUGUGGGGAUGUUCCUCCAAGCUUUACAUUUGAAAGGAAAGACACAAGUCCAUCUUUUUCAAGUGUCGCCCCAAGCAAUAGCAAUGCCAUCCCUGAGCAGCAGAGUGACCAGUUUGGACUCCAGAUGCAAGUGGCGGAGGAGCUUCACCUUGCCCGUUCUGAGAGGAGAUUGGAGGUGGAUGUAAUGCAGAGCUACGGAGAGCUCACCUGUAUGGACAUUGACCCGCCAGAGGAGAGCACUACCUAUACAUUAUGCAAACAACCUGCUCAAGAAGAUGUAAUCCUUGUGCUGGACACCAACAUUCUCCUCAGUCACUUGGAUUAUGUGAAAAAGAUGAAAUAUCACGGCUUUGGAGCUUUGGGUUUACCAAUUGUCCUGAUUCCCUGGGUGGUUCUUCAGGAGCUGGAUUCUCUAAAAAAGGGGAAAGGUCUCACAGGAUCGGUCGCUCAUUUGGCCUGUCCCGCCAUUUCCUACAUUUACAACUCUCUGAAAAGCAAAGAGAAAUACCUUUGGGGCCAGUCAAUGCAGCAGGCUGCUGAAAGUAACAACAGUCUGAUGGCUGAGAAUAAUGAUGACAAAGUGCUGCAGUGCUGCCUCCAGUACCAGAGUCUGUACCCAGGCAGUGCUCUCAUCCUGUGCACAAAUGAUAAAAAUCUAUGCAGUAAAGCUGUCCUCAGUGGCGUCAAGGCCCUGAGUAAGAUUGACCUGGAGGCAGAGGUUGGGAAAGCAAGGCAAGACCAUAACCACCAACAAAGCAUUCUACUCCAGGGGCUUCCUCAAAAUGACCUCCCAAUGACCUCAACCAUGCCAAGAAGGAGUUUUACACCACCUCUUCCUUGUACUCAUGACAGAGCAAGUCUUUCUUCAAGUCUUAGGGAGAAAGAGAGCAAAAAGCAGAGUGCAGAAGAAGAAGAAGAUGAGAAAAUAAACAGAUGUGUUUCUGAGCUUCAAGACUGCCUGCAGGAGGUGCUGUCCAAUGUGCUUGAGAAGGAGAUGAAAGCUGCUUAUGAUGAUAUGUGGCAAGAGAUUGUCUACCUGAAGCCUCCCUGGACUUUUCUAGAUGUCCUCCAUUGUUUUAAAAAGCACUGGAGGGCAGUGUUUGGCUUCAUUGUCCCACGGCCAAUGUUGCAAACAGUUUUAAAUCUCAUUGACUUCUUCAAACGAGGACAAUCAAGGGACCGCAGUUCAACACUGAGAACACUUCAAGAAGCUAAGGAGUUUGUAAAGGAAUUUGGGGAAAGUUCAAGCCUUGUUCCCAGGGCCCUUACUGCAAUGGACAAUAUUCUCAAUAAGCUGAAACAUAAGGCUGAAUCAGUUGUCAGCAGUGAUGUUGUCAUGAAUGAGGAUGAAGAAGCCAAACAACUCCCUACCUCUCAUGUCAUUCACCAUGAAGUCUGGGCCAUGUUUGAGAACAUCUGGUGUAACGUUUGUCAAAUAAGCUUGGAAGUGUUCAAAGCUUUGGCCUUUGACCCUCACACCAGACAGAGUUCUUUGCCAGUCGGAGGUCCUCCACCCCCACAGGAUGCUGUGGCUUAUCUGAGCCAAAUGUCCUCUAUGGUCUCACAGCUGCUGCAAGGCUUCAUCAGUGUUCUGUCCUCCUCUCCUGGUUUACAAGAUGUGCAAGUGCUUCUCGGCAUUAUCAAAUCCAAUAAGAUUGUGGAUUGCAGGCUGGCAGACACAGACCUCCUCAGUUGUUUUUCACAGCAAGACUACAGGGAGAAACUGCGAGUUGGAGUCAACCAGCUGACAGAGCUUAAGGAAGCCCUGGACCAUUGUCUUCAGACCACGGGUCAGCUGGUCACCAUAAACAUGUAGACCUUCUACGCCACAACCGGCCUAAACCACGUCAGCGGUUUCUGCGUUCACACUCGGGGUGAGAAGCGAUACAGGAGUAAACCAAGGUUAGAGCUCUUCCAUCCAUCCAUCAUAUGUACCACUUAGUCCUGUGGGUGACUACAGGGAAGCUGGAGCCUAUCCCAGCUUGGGUGCAAAGUGAGUACUACCCCUCACAUUUGAACUAUUAUAUCUUCUCAAGGCAUACUACUGUAAAAGUGAGUCGUGGAUACACUUUAAAGUACCGUAUUUUUCGGACUAUAAGUCGCAGUUUUUUUCAUAGUUUGGCCGGGCUCCAGUGCAACUUAUAUAUGUUUUUUUCCUUCUUUAUUAUGCAUUUUCGGCAGGUGCGACUUAUACUCCGGUGCGACUUAUACUCCGAAAAAUACGGUAGUCAGUGUACAGCUUGUAUAGCAGUAUGGAGUUGUUAUCCACUGAAAACCAGUCAACUCGUGUUUCCCACAAUGAACCGUAGCUACCCUCGACCGGCAGCACUCAUGCACAAGUAUCUUGCUAGCUAUUUAGUAAAUAUUGACUUUGUGUUGACUUAUUUUCUGUGUGUAGUAAAUACAUAUACCGUAUUUUUCGGAGUAUAAGUCGCUCCGGAGUAUAAGUCGUACCAGCCGAAAAUGCAUAAUAAAGAAGGGAAAAAAACAUAUAUAAGUCGCAUUUUUUGGGGACAUUUAUUUGAUAAAACCCAACACCAAGAAUAGACAUUUGAAAGGCAAUUUAAAAUAAAUAAAGAAUAGUGAACAACAGUCUGAAUAAGUGUACGUUAUAUGAGGCAUAAAUAACCAACUGAGAACGUGCCUGGUAUGUUAACGUAACAUAUUAACAUAAGAGUCAUUCAAAUAACUAUAACAUACAGAACAUGCUAUACGUUUACCAAACAAUCUGUCACUCCUAAUCGCUAAAUCCCAUGAAAUCUUAUACGUCUAGUCUCUUACGUGAAUGAGCUAAAUAAUAUUAUUUGAUAUUUUACGGUAAUGUGUUAAUAAUUUCACACAUAAGUCGCUCCUGAGUAUAAGUCCCGGCUAAACUAUGCAAAAAAACUGCGACUUAUAGUUUGAAAAAUACGGUACUGCUAUACAAGCUGUACACUGACGACUCUUCCAUCCAUCCAUUUUCUACCGCUUGUCUCUUUUGGGGGGUAGGGGGGGGCGUAGCCUAUCUCAGCUGCAUUCAGGCGGAAGGCAGGGUACACCCUGGACAAGUCGCCACCUCAUCACAGGGCCAACACAGAUAGACAUACAACAUUCACACUCACAUUCACACACAAAGGCCAAUUUUAUUUGAUUUUUAUUUAGCCUUUAUUUAACCAGGUAAAAAUCCCAUUGAGAUCAAAGAUCUCUUUUCCACCUGGCCAAGAGGGCAGCAGCAAGGUUACAUUAAAAACAGUAAACAACACAUAAAACAUCACAUUUACAACAUUAGAACUUGCUCACAUAACACAUAUGCAUACAGACAAGGUAGACUGCAAUCCUUUCACAGAAGCUUUAAACUCAUUUAAUUAAUUUAUUUUAUUUAGUGUUGCCAAUCAACUCUUCAUUUAGUGUAAUUCUUAUAGUUGUCCAUUGAGAAGAUAUACUGUAAUAAAAGGGCCGUGAGAUACUUUUUUAAAGGUUUUUCAAAGUAAAGCUUAUAUUGAAGUUGUAUUAUUUAUUUCAUGUUUUUUGGACCAUUGAAUGUGUGAAUGUGAAAUAUCAGUUUUAUGUAUUGUAUUUUUGUACAGUUCUUUUUUGAUAAUGCUGCUGUUGCACAUGGGUUGUAUCUUAAAGUGGCAUUUUAGAGCUAUUUUAUGAUUGGAAAAAAAGAAACUUUUCAACAUUG